CAGGGAGGAAAUAAUGCUGGCCACACAGUUGUUGUAGAUUCUGUGGAAUAUGACUUUCAUCUUUUACCUAGUGGAAUAAUUAACCCAAACGUUACUGCCUUCAUUGGAAAUGGAGUGGUAAUUCAUCUUCCUGGAUUGUUCGAAGAAGCUGAGAAAAAUGUUCAAAAGGGAAAAGGUCUGGAUGGCUGGGAAAAAAGGCUUAUCAUAUCAGACAGAGCUCAUAUUGUAUUUGAUUUUCACCAAGCAGCUGAUGGCAUCCAGGAACAGCAGAGACAAGAACAAGCAGGAAAAAAUUUGGGUACCACAAAAAAGGGCAUCGGCCCAGUGUAUUCCUCCAAAGCUGCUCGGAGUGGACUUCGAAUGUGCGAUCUUGUUUCUGACUUUGAUGGCUUCUCUGAGAGGUUCAAAGUUCUAGCUAACCAGUACAAAUCUAUAUACCCUACUUUGGAGAUAGACAUUGAAGGUGAAUUACAGAAACUUAAGGGUUAUAUGGAAAGGAUUAAACCGAUGGUGAGAGAUGGAGUUUAUUUCCUAUAUGAGGCCCUCCAUGGACCACCCAAGAAAAUCUUGGUAGAAGGUGCAAAUGCAGCAUUGUUAGAUAUUGAUUUUGGAACUUACCCUUUUGUAACCUCAUCAAACUGUACUGUUGGAGGUGUUUGUACAGGUUUGGGUAUGCCACCUCAAAAUGUUGGUGAAGUAUAUGGAGUUGUAAAAGCUUAUACCACUAGAGUUGGUAUUGGUGCCUUUCCCACAGAGCAAGACAAUGAAAUUGGAGAGUUAUUACAAACAAGGGGUAGAGAAUUUGGAGUAACUACUGGGAGGAAAAGAAGAUGCGGCUGGUUGGACCUUGUUUUACUCAAAUACGCCCAUAUGAUCAACGGGUUUACCGCGUUGGCCCUUACCAAGUUGGAUAUUUUGGAUAUGUUUACAGAAAUCAAAGUUGGCGUUGCUUACAAAUUAGAUGGGGAAAUCAUACCUCAUUUCCCAGCGAACCAAGAAGUCUUAAAUAAAGUGGAAGUUCAGUAUAAGACUCUCCCAGGAUGGAACACAGAUAUAUCUAAUGCAAGGACAUUUAAGGAGCUCCCUGUCAAUGCCCAAAAUUAUGUUCGGUUUAUUGAAGAUGAGCUUCAAAUACCAGUUAAGUGGAUUGGUGUAGGUAAAUCCAGAGAGUCCAUGAUUCAGCUCUUCUAAGGAUUGCCAGCAGCG